GGUCUGUGCGGCCGGUGGCGGGGGUUGUUGUUGCUGCUCCUUUCCACCUCCCUGGCAUAGGCUUGGAGACUCAUUUAGCACCAACUUUUAUCGAAAAAAAAGUAAAAUCAUUUUCUUCAAGAGGAAGCUGUGAUCAUGACGGCGGGGGAGAGCCGGCCGGAGCAGACCGGCGAGGAAAAGAACAGUUGCUUAAUCAUCAGCCAGCUACGGGAGAUCACAGGAGUCCAUGACAAUCGGUUGCUACAGAAGGCUCUCCAGGUCAGUAAUGGUGACAUAAAUCAGGCAGUGAGCUUCCUCACUGAUGAAAGUGCCAGGGAGCCAGAUUAUGGAGCAACAGCCACUGAACCGGACAGUGAGUGCAGUGGAACCACAGAUAACCACUCGCGCAGCAGUGUCAUUGACCUCACUGGUGAUGAAAAGGAGGACCUUCAAAAAGCGAUUGCACUGAGCCUGAAGGAAAGCAAUAAGCUGCAGAAAGAAGCUGGGAUUGCCGUCGAGAAUCAGGACCCUAGCCAAGCAGGUGAUGCAAAUGCUGCUGAGAGUAAAGCUGGCUUGAAAAGGAAGAGGUGUGAAGUGUGGGGUGAUUCUCCCAACCCACAUGAUCGUAAACGGGAGGAUCAGUGGCCAGUGGGACUCAAGAAUGUCGGGAACACCUGCUGGUUCAGUGCUGUGAUACAGUCACUAUUCCAACUACCUGUGUUUCGUCGCCUUGUGCUGAGCUACAAGGUGCCAGAAAAUCCACAUGAAAACUGCAGAAGCCGCACUGAACUGCGAAACUUGGCCUUUAUGCAGGAACUUCGCUGCCUGUUUGCAUUGAUGGUUGCCUCCAAACGGAAGUAUGUUGAUCCUUCAAAUGCAGUAGACCUUCUUAAAGAUGCAUUUCGGUCAGCUGAAGCACAGCAGCAGGAUGUGAGUGAGUUUACACACAAACUCCUGGAUUGGUUGGAAGAUUCUUUCCAAUUGGCAGCAAGUACGAAAAAUUCAUGCAAAACGACGCAAAAUCCAAUGGUGGAACUCUUCUAUGGCACAUUUUUGGCUGAAGGCAUUCAUGACGGCAAGAUGUUCUCUAACAUUGAAACGUUCGGACAGUAUCCUCUGCAGGUUAACGGAUUUAAUGAUCUCCAUGAGUGUCUGGAAGGAGCCAUGGUUGUUGGAGAGAUUGAGACUCUGCAUUCAGAUCAGUCAGUGAGAUCUGGCCAAGAGAACUGGUUCACAAAAUUGCCUCCUGUGCUGACUUUUGAACUCUCUAGAUUUGAGUUCAAUCAAUCCUUGGGAAGGCCAGAAAAAAUUCACAAGAAACUGGAAUUUCCUCACAUCAUCUAUAUGGACAGGUAUCUACACAAGAACAAGGAACUGACUCGCAGCAGAAGGGAAGAGGUGAAGAAGCUCAAAGAACAAUCAGCUGUCCUCCUGCAGCGAUUAGAAAGGUACAUGAAUUAUGGGUCUGGUCCCAGUCGGUUCCCUCUGGCAGACAUGCUACAAUAUGUCUGGGAGUUUGCCAGCACUCAACCAUCAAGCAUGCCUCCUACUCAAGAUGCAACGAUUACGUCACCUCCAAAGCCACAGCCUGACACGAACGUGGCCCUGCCGAUGCCAGUCAGUCACUCAGAAUUAACAAAUGCUGAAUUGCCUGAAAGUGCAAGCCCCACAAGCACACCCCAGUUGCAGCGUGCAACCUUGCACAAGCCUUUCACCCAGACCAAGCCUCCCAUGGAAAUGCCUGCACACCCAGCACCCCGACACAUCACGGCCGAAGAGCUUACCUUCUUGGAGAAUUGCCUUCAGCGCUGGAGGGCAGAGGUCGAACAUGAUAUUGCAGAUCUGAAGAACAAGAUCACACAGAUCAAACAUUCAAUUGAACAAAUGUACACGGACAGUUUAAUGUGUCAGGUUCCUUAUCGGCUUCACGCAGUGCUUGUGCACGAAGGUCAGGCUUCAGCUGGACACUAUUGGGCCUACAUCUAUGACCACAGCAAGAAAAUAUGGCUCAAGUACAAUGAUGUCUCAGUCUCCGUCUCGUCAUGGGAAGAGCUGCAGAGAGAUUCAUAUGGAGGGUCACGGAACGCUAGCGCAUAUUGCCUGAUGUACAUCAAUGAUAACUUACCUCAGCUUAUCGCUGAGGACACGGAUGUGGAGACAGGACAGAUUUUGAGAUCCAUCCAUGCCCUUCCACCUGAACUUGUGGAAUUUGUUUGUGAAGAUAACCGACAUUUUCUGCAGGAACUGGAAGAGUGGAAUGACGAGCAGGUCCGAAAAAUCCCACAGAAGGAACUGGUUCCAAUGCCACAAGUUCAGGAACCUACGGGCAGUGCGACUGAAGAACAGACUGUUGCCAGUCAGCAGAGUACAUGUUCUGCCUCUGCCAAGCACGCUGUGAUGGUCAAGGAUCAGACAGCCCAAGCCAUUGAGAAAGCUGCAACGUCUUAUGAGAACGUUGGUGCUGAGGCUGCCCUGAAGGAGUCAGAACCAGGCCUGGAGACCAAGGAAACCAAAGAGAAGUCUGAGCCUGAGCUCAAGCCUGAAGCAGAGCAGUUGCCAGAGCCGGAGGCAGUCAGUGAGCAAGAAGAGCAGUCUGAACACACUGGUACCCAGAUAACAGAGGUGGACAUUCCGACUAUUGGAAAGGUUCAGGUUCGCCAUGAUGCUGAUGGCUACAAUGAGGAGGAAAUGUUAAGUCCGGCUAUGCAGGGCAUCAUUCUAGCUAUUGCCAAGUCCAGACAAGUCUAUGACCGGGAUGGUGCUGAGGCAGGGUUAAGAAAGGCAUUCCACGAAGAGUACUCACGGUUGUUUGAUUUGGCCAAGGACAAACCGACACCCCAGAAUGAUCCUCGACUACAGCAUGUCCUGGUUUACUUUUUCCAGAACAAGGCUUCCAAGCGGGUAAUUGAGCGGACGCUCCUGGAGCAGUUUGCAGAUAAAAACCUGAGUUAUGAUGAAAGAUCCAUAAGUAUAAUGAAAGUGGCACAGACAAAGCUCAAGCUUAUUGGACCCUCUGAUAUGGACAUGCAGGAAUAUAAGGAAUGGCAUGAGGACUACAGCCUAUUUCGGAAAGUUUCUGUCUACUUCCUGACUGGACUCGAGUGCUACCAAAAUGGAAAAUGCCGUGAAUCCCUCACUUACUUGGUUCAUGCAUACCACAGCAACCUGAAGCUGUUGAAGAAUGGGAAAAAUCGAGGAGUUGACGAGGCAUUGAUUGCAUUCUACAGGAGAAAGUGCCUUCUGGAGCUGAACGCAUAUGCAGCAAACCUGUUUGAAAGUGGCAGUGAGAGCGAUGUGGCGGAAGGAUUGAGUAUAAUGAAUGACCUGGUCAUUCCCUGCAUGCACCUGAUCGUCACGAAUGAGCUGUCUAAAGAAGACCUGGCUGCAGUGGAGAUGAUGAGAAACCACUGGUGCUCCUACCUCGGUGAAGACAUGGAUUCUCACCUGCAGGAGAAACUCACUGAAUUCCUCCCGAGGCUUCUGGAUUGUUCUGUAGAAGUUCGAAUCCUACGAGAGCCGCCAAAGAUCCGGCCAAACUCGCCCCACGACCUGUGUAACAGGUUUGCAGCAGUAAUGGAGUCCAUUCACAGCACCUCACCUGUCACUGUCAAAUAGUCCCUCCAUCUGAUAAGGGGAAAAUGGGAUUUUGAAUUCUUGAUCCUUUGAAUUAUGUGGUUCUUGAGUCCCAAAGCACUUCACAAGCAUUGAUCCUCUAUCUGUUACACCUGGUCAGAGAGAGUGGAGAAAUAGCAUUAGUUACAUGAAAUACUGGGCACAUUUGUUUUCAUGCAACUUUAAAUUUUGUAUUUGUUGUGCAAUAAAUACAAUUUGUAUUUUA